GUGACCAAACAGCCGGCAUUUGUUUUUGGUUUGCAUCUGCAUAUCGAAGUCUUGCGCGCCAUCAUGGAGCUGCAUGAAGCGUGGGAGCGCCUUCCGCGCCGGCGCAAUCCUGCUGAGCCUGGGGCUGAUUGGGCUGAUUUCUCAAAGAGAUGCCCUGCAUGGCUUCCACGAGAACGAGAACGAUCAAGUGGUGGAUGCGGCGAGCCCUUACGGAGUCGUUGACACGACAGGGUUCAUCUCUCAAAGAGAUGCUGUGGACGCCAAAGUUCGCGUCGAGGGGCUGGAAAACGUGUCAGACACGAGGGAGCCACUUGAAGUCACAUCUUCACCACCCAGAAAGCGACUGGGAGGUGUGGAGGCCAUGCAGAACUUCUUCCAUGAGCUUUGCGAUCUCACGACGAGGUUGGGCCUCAAUCGCAGCGGUUUGCGCCACGCCUCCCUGGAGCUGCGAGCACGCUUGUUUGCGGCCUUGGGCGACGUGCUCUCCGCCGAGCCGAAGCCCUUGAAAGUGCCACGGCGUCGGAAGCCACUGCAGCCGAACUGUGGCCAUCCAAGCUUGCUGAAUCUGCUCACGGGGCGGCGACGCCCCAGUGGACCACGCAUGUUGGUGGAUUUGCCAACUGGGAUGGGAGGAGGACCAGAGUUGGAGUACUUGGAGCUUCGAAUGUUGGAGUUGCAAGGCAUCGCAGAUCUCAUGGUGGUGGCGGAGUCUGGCUUCACCUUCCGCGGCGACGCCAAGCCGCGACUCUUUCAGAGAAAUCGCCAGCGCUUCCAGGCGUUUGAGAACACCACGCUUUACCUGGAUAUGGAACGAUGUUCCAACUACCUCAAAGCCAUCAACGAGACUCGUGCUCAACAUGGCCAAAAACAGGUGUUUUGGGCGAUCGAGACCCGGCAGAGGCCGGGGGGACGGAGGCAAUGCCUUUGGUCGCUCUUGGAGUUGGACCAGCCGCACCUGCCGGACGAGACCUUGAUCAUCUUCACGGACAUGGACGAAAUCCCCAAUGGUGAGCUCAUGCUCGCCAUGAAGUACUGCGAAUGGAAAAACAUGCAGAGCAAGUUCCAGUUCUCUCAGCGUGCGCUGUCGUUCAAUCUCCGCCAGGUCGCGACCGCUCCGAGGCAGUGCUUCCCAAAGCACAGUUGGAGACAAGGCUCCCUCAUCACCUUCAAGUGGGCUCGCGACAUGUUGAAGCGAAACCAAAGCAUCCCCCUGCGGCUGCCAGCAAAACUGGGUCCGGCGCCGGUCAUUCAGGGAGGCGCCCUGCACAUGGGAUACUUUGGUUCUGCAGCCGCGCUCAUGUUCAAAGGCCUGCAACAUGGGGAGGGAGGCAACUUGAUGCUCCCGACAUCCUUCGACAUUUGCCAAGCCACGAAGCAGGACAUCCUGCAGCUUCUGGGCACCUAUCGUGAUGAUCCCAUCCGCAUCGCCCGAGCGUGGGAGCAAAAAAAGCAAUCCCUUGCCAAAGGCAAGGCCAUCGCUGAAGAGCUUGCAGAACUGUGGAGUGCCAUGGGCCUUACAGGAGAACCCAGAGCGAUAUGCUGCCUUCUGGGGUCUUCCUGAGUAGAGUCAGCAGAGUCAUCAGAUGGUGAUUGGAAUCGAUUCAUAUGUCAAAACACAUGGCUGGAGCUCGGAG